CUCUCUCCAAACCCUCACUCUCUCUCCUCACACCUUCACCAUGAGCAUCUCUUCUCUUGCUUUCCAGCCCACUCUUUUCUCCGCCGCCAAAUUGCCGUCGCCGGCCUGCCGGAGGCCCUUUUCCGGACGUCAUCCUGCACUCAUCGUUUGCUCCUCUGCUAAACCCGCGGCGGCGGUUAGUUCGUCUGUCAGUGCGCCGGAGUCAGCGGGGAAGGAUGAACUGAAACGAAUUGGGGAACUUAGUCAAGUAUCGGGAGUGUUGGGCUGCCAGUGGGGUGAUGAAGGUAAAGGUAAACUCGUUGAUAUCUUGGCCCAGCACUUCGAAAUCGUCGCUCGUUGUCAGGGUGGGGCUAAUGCUGGGCACACAAUCUAUAAUGCAGAAGGGAAGAAGUUUGCUCUUCAUCUCAUCCCCUCAGGGAUCCUUAAUGAAGGUACUUUAUGUGUUGUUGGAAACGGAGUUGUGGUGCAUGUGCCCGGUUUCUUCGAAGAAAUUGAUCGUCUAGAAGCGAGUGGAGUGUCUUGCAAGGGAAGGAUCUUGGUGUCUGAUCGAGCCCAUCUGUUAUUUGAUUUUCAUCAGGAGGUGGAUGGCUUAAGAGAAGUUGAGUUAGCUAAAUCUUUCAUUGGAACAACCAGGAGAGGGAUUGGACCUUGUUACUCUAGCAAAGUUAUUAGAAAUGGUAUUAGAGUGGGUGAUUUGAGGCACUUGGAUACACUUCCUCAUAAGCUCGACCUUCUACUCUCCGAUGCUGCGUCGAGAUUCAAGGAUUUUGUCUAUAGCCCAGAAAUUCUGAAGGAAGAAGUCGAGAAGUACAAACGAUAUGCCGAGAGAUUGGAACCAUUUAUCACUGACACUGUGCAUUUCAUUAAUGAAGCCAUCUCUGAUAAUAAGAAGAUUUUGGUUGAAGGUGGUCAAGCAACUAUGCUUGACAUUGACUUUGGUACUUAUCCUUUCGUAACUUCUUCCAGCCCGUCCGCAGGUGGAAUUUGCACCGGUCUUGGAAUUGCUCCAAAAGUUGUGGGUGAUCUUAUAGGAGUUGUGAAGGCAUACACUACUAGAGUUGGUUCUGGCCCUUUUCCUACUGAGAUCUUGGGAAAGGGGGGUGACCUCCUUAGGUUUGCUGGUCAAGAAUUUGGUACCACAACUGGUCGCCCUCGUCGCUGUGGAUGGCUCGAUAUAGUUGCUCUAAAAUAUUGCUGUAAAAUUAAUGGCUUCUCUUCUCUGAAUCUUACGAAACUCGACGUUCUCUCAGAACUGUCUGAGAUACAACUGGGGGUUUCUUAUCGAACACCUGAUGGAACGCCAGUCGAAUCAUUUCCCGCAGAUCUUAGUCUUCUUGAACAAAUAAAGGUGGAAUAUGAAACAAUGCCUGGAUGGAUGUGUGAUAUCUCUUCAAUAAGAGAUUAUUCUGACCUUCCUAAGGCUGCAAAAGAAUAUGUAUCAAGGAUCGAAGAACUCGUGGGCAUACCUGUGCAUUACAUCGGUGUCGGUCCAGGCCGUGAUGCACUAUUAUACAAAUGAUUCGAGUUAUCAGUUGAUCAAUCAUUGGAGCUCCAGGUAUGGUUCAAGAUUACAUUGGUAGAAAUAUUUAUCAUCAUCUUGAGCUGUUUUUUUGGAGUAAAUUCAACAAUACAGCAUAACCAUUUGAAUGUGAUACCUGUUUCUGAGGCUGUUUACACAUUUCCCAUAUGACUAGUAGAGCUUAAUAUAGGCAUUUUUGGGAGGCUCUAUUAGCUCAGGAAAUGGUAUAAGCUCAAGAAUAAUUAUCAUAUCCAGGAAAUAAUAAUGAGUUCAGAUGGUCAUUCUUGGCAAUCAA